GCCUCCUCGGCCGGCUCGCCACGGGGCGGAGCCUGCUGGGCAGAGGGCCGGUCCGCCCGCCCUCCGCGCCUCCCGCUCAAAAGCGCCUGCUCCGCCCGCCUCGCCUCCUCCUGCUCCGCCUCCGCUUCCCUCUCGGCGCCCGCAUCUCCCGCUCGCUAAGCCCGCCACCGCCGCGACGCGCUCCGCCACUCGGCAUCAUGGCUCUCUCCGCCGACGCCGCCUUCCAGAAACUGGCCGCCUGGCACAAGGCCCACGGCGCCCAGCUCGUCCUCCGACAGCUCUUCCAGGCCGACCCGGAGCGCUUCAGCAAGUUCAGGUCGGUCCCGCGAACGCGCAAGCGGCGGGGCCCGACGGGCGGGCUGCUGCUCGUCUCUGGCCGCGCCGGGACUUGUCUCUCGACGGCCAUCGCGGGGCAGGGGCACCUGCGAUGGCCGGGCAGCUCCGCCCGCGAAGCGGCGGCUUGCAAGCGGGCCCCGGGUCGCAGGACGCGCUGCAAAAGCAGCUCCGGGCUCGCCUGAUCUUCUGUAGCCCCCAGGCAGGACGGGCGCGCCGUCGGGGCCGCUCCGGUGGCCGCCCGCCUGCUUGCCCUUGACUCCUCCUUGCAACGCGCUACGUGCGGACGGGCACAGCCGCGGCUGCCGGCAGAGCGAGAGGGGCAUUGUGGGCCGUUCGCGCGGGAGGCUUCUCUUGCUGAGUCACGGCGAGCCGCCUCGCCUCUUCCUCCAACAACCCAGGGGAGGCCGGGCCUAGGGGGGCACUGCCCCACCGACCUCGGCUAGCCCCCCACCCACCUGCUUUCCCGGCUGCCUUUUUGCUUACUUAACAACCAGCCAUAGGGACGGCUUUGCCUGCCCCAUUCCUCCUCCUCCUCCUCAGAGGUGCCCGAAUGGAGCUGAGCAAAGAGCAGGUUGGGGACAGAGUCUAGAAGCGUUAAGUAUUGGCACUUGCUGCUGGUCUCCCUAACUCCUGCCCCACUGCGCCAACCCCCCUUAUAAGGGGAAGUGGGGAACGGGCUAUAGCUUGACUCGUGCAACAGAUUCAUUCAGCAUCUCAAACUGCUGUGCACGUGGACCUUUCGGGUCUUUCUCACCUGCUCCAGGUUGUCGCUCAGAAUUGGGCUCCUCCACUUUUUCCAUACUGAGGAGCCAGGAGCUGGAGUGAUGAUGGCACGUUUCCCUGACAUUGAAGGGGAGGGGGGCUGGGGAAGAGAUGAGCAUUGCCAUUUAAAAAAAUAAAAAUAGUUCCAGGUUACAGCUAUUAUUUUGUCCAGCUCUCAAUAAUAAAAGACAGCUAAGAAAUUUGGUUCUAAACAAAUUGUGACAAAUCACCUUAAGAUUUUUUGGAGUGGCUCUGAAAGAAUCCAUUUUGUGAUUUAGUAAUUACUUGAAACUUAAGAUCCUGUAGUGCCAGAUUUUGCAAGUUGGUAUGGAAAGAAUAGAAACUGAUUGGUGAACUACUUGGCUUCAUUUCAAAUUGUUAUGUGUUUGACUUGUGGGCAGAGUAAGCCCCCCCCCCCCCCCCUUGAGCAAUCAGGUCUUAGCCAGAAAAAGGCCUUCAGCCAGAUAACUUCCUCUAGAUCUUUUGGACUGCAACUCCCAUCGGCUCCAGCAAAGACACCUAUUUAAUACCAGUUCUGAUGUGGGUUGUAGUCCAAAACAGUUGGAAAGGGCGCCAGGUUGGGGAAGGCUGGCAUACUUGCUAUCUGACAAUUUACUGAAAAGGGUUGGACUUGGGACCUUUUGCAUAGGAAGCAUGGGCUCUCCAUUGCUGAGCUGUGGCUGGUGUAACAGAAGACGCCUGCAGCACACAACCAAGAUUGCUUCAUAAUUUGUCCACAUAUGAAGCCCAAAUUAGGAGACUGAUUCUGUCGUGCAAAAUAAAUGCAAAGGGAAACUUAGCAAUUGGGGGUUUUUGGGAGUUGCGGAGUGGGUUGAAAACCAGAGUCAGUUGCAUUGCCAUCGUUUCCAAGCAACUAGAAUUUUUCUAGUUUCCAUUUACUCUUUAAAAACAGGGAGCAAAUUCUUGUCCAUUGACACCUUGUUUCAGCUUCUACUCCUUUAUAUAUAGCACAAUCCUAUCUAAGCAAGCCCCAUUACCAGGAAAUGUUUUAGGAAUGUGGCAUUAAUAAUGCUACCUGUGUAUAAGUGGCAGACCAUUAGAUGACAUUUUGCACAUUGUGGAAUCUGCCCUAAGUUUAGUCAUAUGGCUUAGGACAGUAAAAUGAUCUGUAAAUGUUUCCUCUUGAGGUUGAAUUUCUGCCUUUAUAUCUUGAGGACUAGGCGAUGAUUGUGCUUUAAAAUGGAAAUUAAGUGAUGUGACUCCUGGUUUCCAUCUGAUUCUGUCUAUUCCUGACAUAGAGCAUAUAUGAGUGCCUCAUCUUUCUCUAAUGUGGAAAUUUUGCCUCCUUAUUUGAGGGCACUUCCACUAUUCAGGUGGGAUUCAGUCGCAUCCUGGCAAAUAUCAGGUUGUGGAAAGAAAGCUGAUUUGGAGCUUCUGCACAACAAAUAAGGGACUUCUUGCUAUAAGAAAAAUGCGGAAUGACACUUGUAUUAACAUCGUUGUCCAGCCUCCUUCAGACAAAUCCACAGAUGACCCGCAUUGUCUAAUGCCCCUGCAAAUAUGGAAGGCAGCUCAAUAAACAGGUCAUCUGUGACCCCAGCAGCAUCCAUGUUCCUUAUUUUAUAGCAUAUGGGAGGGGAGCCUGGUGCUCUUUCCCGCUUUCCCUUUCAGCUCUAUGUGCUUGCAUGUGCUUCUGAAGGAUCAGCCAAAUUUUACUGGAUCUGACAUUUACCCAGACUGUGUGUGUGCGUGCGCACACACUAUGUUUGUUUGUUUAAUAAUUUUUAUUGCAGCUUUCAAUGCAAACAACACAAUAAAAGCUAUAAAGAAUGAAAUACAAAUGCAGAUUAAAAAGGCAAAUAAAAUCUGCACAUAGAGGUUCCAUAUUUCAUAGCAAUUAAUUGAAGUAGGUUCCAUAUUUCAUAGCAAUUAGUAGAUGACUUCUCCACUCCAUAAACAAAGAGGAGCAAGGCUCAAACAUCAUAGUACUAAGGUACAUUGAAGUAUAAUAGGCAAAUAAGCUUUAUCUCUGUCUACCUCUUGAUUUAUCAGUGACACUCAUAGUCACAAGUACUAUAUUAGUAACACCAAUAUUGAUGGCCCUCCGUAUGUGCACAUGCUAUUUGUCUCUCUGUGGGGAGGCUGAUCCAGGUGAGGAGGGUGAAAAAUGACGGAAGGGUGUGGGGUCAGUGGCACUUGCUCAAAAAGCCAAAUGUGCCCACAGGCCUAAGAAGGUAGGAGAUCCCGGAUCUAGAUGAAGAGGCCUGGUUAAAUGAGCCUUUUGCCUCUGAAUGGCUAGCCCUAUCAUCACCUAAGGAUGCUUCACACAUGAUUGCUUGCUUUUCUCCACAUGUGGAUGCACUGAAAUACAUGUGUCUGCACUGGUGUCACAGAUGUACAUAUCAUGCAUGUGAUAACUGGUAUCGUAUGCACCUCCUGCGAUUGGCCUUUACCUCCCAGCCUUCAUAAUAUAAGGUUUUUGUAACUUAAAGCAUCAUCACUUCGUCUCUCACACAUGAAGCAGCUUUCAUUUUAAACUUUUGUAAAAUCUUAUCAGUAAAAUGACAUGCAAAGCAAUAUCUUGGUUACCCUGAGUGUGUUCAUAAUAAGUUUCAUAAGGCUGGCAUUUGUUGCAAGAGUUACCUAACAGCUUAAAAAGAAAGACCUUUGGGUAGGUUUUACAGUUGCACCAAGACGUUUACCUCCUACUGGUCAUUAGACAAGGGUAAUUUUCUGAUCUACACUGUUCUGUGAAACAUAAUUUAUUACAUUCGUUUCCCUCUUCUUCUAGGAAGCUUAAGGUGUACAAUAUAGUUCUCCCCUCCAUUUGAUCCUCUCAGCAACUCUGUGGAGUAGAUUAGGGGCUGAGAGUCAGUGACAGGCCCAAGGUCACUCAGUGAGGUCCAGGACUCGGCAGAGCUUUGAACUCUAGCCUCCCAGGUAGUCCAGUACUCAUAACCACAAUCUGGGAAUGUGCAAUCCCAGUCAAGGAAAAUUUUGGGAACCACUGAACUGGCACAGUUUCCUUAAAAAUAAUGGAAGGAAAUAAUUUCUUUCUAAUGGCUGGUUGAUUUUUCCCAUGCUCACCUAUCCAGGGUACCUUUUAUUUUAGCGGCCUGACUCGAUUCCAUUUCAUUCAGAGCACUUGAAGAGCAGAUAGUGGGCAGACUGGCCAUUAUUCCUCCUAUUGUAGAGUUCUCUGCGAAGUGAACACAACACGUCUGAGCAUCAGAUCAAGUUUUGAUCUCUCAUGUGACUGUUCUAAAGAAACAGCCCACCCACCCAGUGCCCCGCAUUGUUUCCCAAUGCCUGCUUAAUGGUAGCUAGAAGGUUUGAUUUCAGAUGAGUUUCUUCAUCUGUAAAAUGGAAAUAUGGGUGAUUUUAUGUGCCUCAGUUUUGCUGAGAGUAAGGAACUGUGUUUGGGGUGGAGUCUUGUGGAAAUUUUUUGAAUCGUCAUGAAUUUUUUUGCUGCAAUAAAUUGGUAGCAAUCUAAUGUAACAUAUUAUUCAGCUGACUUUUUAUGUAUGCCAUAUAACUUCUCUAGGUGCCAAAAGUAGUUAACAUAAAUGCUUGAUCAGGGACAAAACUCAAUAAAGUGGACUUGGUGUUGCCUAAAUGUUACACGUCAACAAAGUCAAUUAUUUUUAGGGGUGGGUUACUGUAUAUAUUUUAAGGCAGGGCAAGUCAAAAGUGUAAUUUACCUUUAUUUAGAUCUAAAAAGGAAAAAAAUACUGUAGGAAACUAGUAGCCCGUGAUUCUGUGCCUUAAGAACACAAGAAGAGCCCUGGCAAGAUCAGGCCAAUGGUCCAUCUUGUCCAGCAUCCCGUUCUCACAGUGGCCACUGAGAUGUUGGUGGGAAACUCUCAAGCACAAGAGCAUUCUCCCCUCCUGAAGUUUCCAGCAAGCGGUGUUCAGAAGCAUUACUGCCUCUGAUUGUGUAGGCAGAGCAUGUCCAUCAGGUUUACUAGCCAUUGGUAGCCUUGUAGUUGCCACUAGCUUGUUUUCUGCACGGGGUGGGGAGACUAUAGCUAUUUCCUGCAGACAAGCAGAUGGGUGGUGAGUUGCAAUGGAUUUAAUCAGGUAACUGUUUGGUACCUGUUGGAAGCUUGAGUGUCAAUGUGUAUCUGUCCAUGUUGUGUGAAUGCUUCAUUCUGAGACACCCGUGGAGGCAUUUCUCUCUUGCAAAUUCUGGGGCCUUGUGUGCAAUAAUCCUGUUCAUUGAAAGGUAGCAGGUGGGUCAUGUUCUGCUUCCUGCCCAUCCCAGUAUUAAGAUCACCUGGUUGCCUGGCUGGUUGCCCAGAUUCUUGCAAAGGCUAGAUGGAGCUUUGUCUGGUCUAGAAGGGAUCUGUGCUCUUGGGCGAGGUGGGCAUUCAUGGGAUCUCUUAAUGCAGAUUUGUUAUGUUAAAGAGGCUUUGAGUAUGCAUUCUUCCUUUUCAACUGUCACAACGCAUCGGUGCACCAUGGGGAUGAUAGUAAAAAUAGACUCUGCAAGGCUGAAAUGAGCCCAUCCCUGGAAUUAUUCUCAACUGCCUCCAGGGUGUGUGGUGUUUUUGAGGAACCAAUAAAAUGCUGCUGGAUGUCAUGCAAGAAGCUGGGCUGCUAGAGUGAUAUUAGUGGCUUGCUGAGCUAGAAACUUGCCUAGAAGCUGAAAAAGCUUUAUAGGAUGCCCUGCCUUCAAGACACCUUCUGCGCCAUUUGAGGCUUAUAUAGAGCAGUUGAUACAUUCUGGAAUAAUUGAUAAAUAAACCAAAACAGUUUAAUCUUCAAACCACACUGAACUGCUAUCCCUUCCGCUGACCCAUUAGUGCCAGUAUAGGGCUUUUGUUUUAAGUCAGCUGCCUUCCCUAACCUGGUGGCCCCCAAAUGUUCCACAUCCCAGCCAUGAUGGGAAUUGUAAUCCAAAACAUCUGGAGGGCACUAGGUUAGGGAAGGAUAGUUUGAGUGAUGUGCACCCUGCCUGUCAACCUGCUGGUAUUUCACAUAAUUUGUUAUAUCACGUAAAGAAACCCCCAAAGCUGUUUGCAACAAGAAUAAAACAAUAAAAUAAGUAAAAAUGUAAAAACAGUUACUGUUGAAAAAUAAUUUAAAUCCAUGACAAGCUAAAAGUAGAUUCAAGCACAUGUUAACAUUCUAAAUAUCUGAGUAGGCUUGUCUAAACAAAGAGUGGAACCUGCCACUAAAAGAUUGAUUUCCUUUUAUAUUUCACCUAUAGUUUACUUUUCUUAGCUGUGUGGGCAUGCAGAACACACACACACCCUAGGCGUCUCAGAGGCCUUGUUUGAUAUUCUAGCCUUUCACUGCUUGCUUAAACUCAUUGAAAAGCUAAGUCCCCAUGGCCUACCUUCAGGAAACAGCAACUGCUGAAAUGACCUUACUCUUAAUGGAUGCUAGUCUACAGAGAAGGCUUUUGGAGCAGGGACUUCCCUGAGCAACCUUUGUGCAGAGAGUGUGUUAUGUUCCCCUGUCCCCAAACCCCAUUUGCUCAAAAUCAAAAAUUUGUUGUUUGUUGGGGCUUGUUUCUUUCCUAUUUUGGACUUGCAUUCAGUGGUUCACCAGAGGUAGGCCAGCAUGAUGGUGCUCUAGUUUUAGACAGAGACCAUUUUCAAUGCGCCUCUUCUAUUUUUCAGCAUAGCAAGGAUGUCCUAACAAAACGAAAUUAAUUGCGCUUCCCUUUUCCUACCAUCUAUCGCAGCCAUUCUAGAUGGCUGUCAUGAACUUAUAGCUGCUGACAGAUGUGACCAGCUAAGCCGCCCUUGGGAUUAGAUACCACUGAUUGUGGCUUCUUACAUGGCAUGCUUUUCUCUACUUUUUAACCCUCGUUCAUCAUCUGUGUUGCACUCCUCAGAACAGUUGCAACACUGAAAACUUCACUAUUCCACUAGGCAUAUGUGGGCAAUUCAGAAUUCAUCUUUCCACAGAGUUGAUUGAUGUCUGAUUUUAAUUACUAUUGUUUUUAUUGUAUCGUUUUAUAUAUUAUUGUAAACUGCUUGUUAAGAUACAAUUUUUAUUGUAAAUCACUUUGAUAUUUUUCUGUGAAAUAGCAAUAUAUUAAUUUUUGACUAUCACUUUAGACUGCAGGUGGAAAUCACUUUUUUUUUAAAAAAUGCUCUGUGAUAUGUAAACAUUUUAAUAUAAAAGCUAGAAAAAUAUUACAGGUUCCUAAGCAUCUGGCUCGAGCGUAAAUUAUUGCACUGGGUCAGACUUAUGGUCAGUCAAUCCUAGUCCUGUCAACUGAUUAGCAGUAGCAGGCAUGGCAUUCUACCUUUUUAGAUAGGGGUGGGCAGUAGGUAGAUCUCUGGGUGUUUUGCUAUAGGCUUUCUGACUCCCAAUUGUUUAGCAGUAGCAACCACAAACCAAUAUUCCUUUUUUUUUUUUAAGAUAUUUAUUAAAAUUUCAAAAAUAAAAAAGAAGUUACAAUAGUAAUAAUAAGAAAAAGAAGGAAAAAAGAAAAAAGGAAUAAAAAAGAAAGAAGAUAAUACAAAAUACAAAAAAGUAAAAACAAUUAAAAACAAAUCAAUCUUUCCAUAUCUUGUCUUUCAUUCACUUGUUUCCCUGACCUCCUCACACCUCCCCUUUUUGUAUUCCAGUUCAGUAAGUUAAUUCAGCAAAUCCUUUCCCUCUUUGUUUUUAUCUUAGUCCUUUGUCUUAAUAUGUAAUACCUGUAUAUUCUCAUCUGUUAGCGGUCCAUUUUUACAUACUCCUUGUAACAUUGCUACUAAAAACCCCUUAGCUUCAUUCCAACAUCAUUCUAACAUUCAUUAAUUUUACAGUAUUUCUGUAGAUAGUCUUUAAAUUUCUUCCAAUCUUCUUCCACCGACUCUUCUCCCUGGUCUCAGAUUCUGCCAGUCAUUUCCGCCAGUUCCAUAUAGUCCAUCACCUUCAUCUGCCAUUCUUCCAGGGUGGGUAGAUCUUGUGUCUUCCAGUACUUUGCAAUAAGAAUUCUUGCUGUUGUUAUGGCAUACAUAAAGAAAAUUCUAUCCUUCUUUGGCACCAAUUGGCCGACUAUGCCCAGGAGAAAGGCCUCUGGUUUCUUCAGGGAUGUAUAUUUAAAUACCUUUUUCAUUUCAUUAUAGAUCAUCUCCCAGAAAGCCUUAAUCCUUGGGCACGUCCACCAAAGGUGAAAGAAUGUACCUUCAGUUUCAGAAAGAAUGUACCUUCAAUUAUUUCAGAAAGAAUGUACCUUCAGUUUCUUUACAUUUCCAACAUUUAUUAUCGGGCAAAUGAUAGAUUUUUGCAAGCUUGACUGGGGUCAUGUACCACCUGUAUAUCAUUUUCAUAAUAUUCUCUCUUAAGGCAUUACAUGCCGUGAACUUCAUACGAGGUAUGAAGUUCACAAACCAAUAUUCCCCCACCUAGAUCAGGCUGUUGACAUAAAUACGCCUAACCAGGAUUAGACUGUUGUGUGGAGCAGCUGAACAAGUUCAGAAAAGGAAUUCCUAAGUUCAGAACGUGCUUAUUUAAUUCUAACAGUGUGCCCUUUUGCAUGUGACUCUGGUUGAUAGAACUUGGGCGUUUUAAUAAACUAGUAGAUCCAACUAGCCUGGCAUCUGGCUGUGUGUGUGUAUGUGUGUGUGUCCAAAUGUCCGACAUACAGCCUUAUUCUAGCAACCUCUGCCACUGCUGCACACAACUCUGAAAUAAGUUGUGCAGCUCCAUUCAUUUCAGUGCAAGCUCCCAUUAAAAUGAGCCCCAUUAAAAGUGGCAUGUGGGAGAAGGGACAUGAUCCACUGGGAAGCUGAAAUAGGGCUUGUGAAAGAGGAUGAGCAGAAAGUUCUGUUCAGAGUGUGUGUCUAGGGGUGUGUGCCAUUUGGAGUUUUUUAGCUUGGUGUGGCAGAAUCUUUCACUUCUCCUAGGGUCGGGGUCUCUCUCUCUCUCUCUCUCUCUCUCUGUGUGUGUGUGUGUGUGUGAGAGAGAGAGAGAGAGAGUAGGAAAUUCCUGCAGUGGGUUGUGGCCCGUAUCCGAAUGCACCGUAAAGGUGUUUCUUACUUUCCCUCAAACUGUGACAACAAGGGUUCUGGUCAGAUCAGGGGAGGCAAAAUAUACACAAGAACUUGGCCCAACUCUAUGCUUCUGUGGACUCAUGGCUGCUGCCUGCGUGACUCAUCUCUUUCCACCUGAGUAGCUGCUCUGUAUAUUCUUGGAUGCUGCAUUGCAGGAUGGGUGCUCAAGCAGAAGGUGCUCUGUCAAGGGAGGCUUCAGAAAACGUCCUGGAGGUUCUGCAAAGCCAGCUGUGGAAAUAAAACUGGGGCAGCCUCUCCCUACCUGUGUUCCUGAAUGGCCAGUGUCUUGUUUCCAGCCUGCCCCACUGAGAGUCAACUUUGCAUUUUCUUAAUUAGCAAUUCCUUCCCACCUCUGUAUUGCAGCAAUCCAAGGCUAGUGUUAGAAUGUGGGUUGUAGCCAUUGCCAUUGGUGUUUUCCUGAGCUCUGGCUAGCUUUGAACACUGUAAAUCUGCAAAUGUGUGUACACACUGUGGGAAGGGAUAGCUCUCUCAUAUUACUCUGAACUCUCUCCAGCCUUAGCCUAUGAUGCAGAACGGGCAUGUUUGGGCUGGCUGGCUAGCUAAGCCCACAUAUUUUGGAGACAGUUGAGGAUUAGAUUAUACAAUUCCCAAAUAGGAUUAGUAUGUAAAUAAGCAGAAGGGAUGAACUCUUCUUUCUCCAUGAAUUACCUUUGCCUUAAAAAUAAAAACCCUACUAUUCCACAUGCUUCCUUCACAAAUCAUUAUUUACUUUACUUUAUUAAUUUAUAUCGGCCCUUUUUCCCAGUGCAGGGCGCAAGGUAGCUCACAGCAUAAAUAAUAAAAGAUGCAGCUAAAUAAAUAUUAAAAAAUAUUACACAAAUAUUUUACAAUAUUACACAAAACACAAAAUAAAUAUUAAAAAGCAAUUAAAACCAUCGCCCUAUUAAAAAUAUUCAUGUGUGUUUCUCUGCUGCGAUUAGCAUUAGAUGUGACUCUUCACCUGGGUGGGUGCAUUGAUAAAAAUAAUCUUUUGGGAGGGGCACACACUACAGUUGCAGCUCCAAAAUCCAGAGUUGGACAACACUUUUAUUAGGAACAACCAAAGUGUCACGAAAUAGUGGCAAGCUUUUGAGUUUUUCUGAACUCUUCUUUGGGGAAGAUGUUACAGAAGCAGAAAGUGGAAAGAGUAGGAGAAAUGAAAAGGUGCAAAAAUUAUGCUGGAACAAGCAGACUCUGUUGCAAAGUAGAGACUGCAGGCUGAUGCCACACUUGAUCUUACCCAGAAGCCCAAGAAGUGAGCUGAGGAAGUCUCUUGGUGCUCUUUGCCUUGAAUGUUUAUCAUUCUCUUGUGACCUGGGGUGUGUGAAUACAAACAAGCAAUGUUGGCUAAUAUCCAGUAAAUCUUGUUUUUUAAAGUCGCCCAUGUGGUGGUGCAGUGUUUCUGAAAAUGUUCACAUAACAUGAUGGCUUGCUUUUAAUUCUUUUGGCAGCUUGACCUUGAAGAGUGACCAUGGGGAUAUCUUGGUGGACUAUUCAAAGAACUUGGUUACAGAGGAAGUGAUGAAGAUGCUGAUAGAACUGGUAAUUCACCUUGAACACGAAUCCUAUUUAUUUAGAGCUUCUGGUUACAGAAAUUCCAAAGCUGUUUACAGCAGUGAAGCUGAUAUAGUAAUAUAAUGUAUUGAGAAAAACAAAAUCUCGUUAUUGCCGUAACCGAUAACAUUAGAACUGGGCACGCAAAUAAAUAUGUUUUUAAUAAACAGGAAAAGCAUAGUGCAGCUGGUAGUCUGCCACUUUCAAUGUAUAUGAAGCUUUACAGCACACCUGAAGCAAACCAAGCUCCAGCUUAAUACAGAACAAAGUGGAUUCUUGCCCACAAAUGUUGGUCAGAAAAGUUUGGGGUUGGGAGCAAAGGGGUAUUUCCAGUUUCAUAUCAUGGCCUUGGUUUCAUAAAGCCCAGGAUCUCCCUGCAUGCUUACGCAGAGCCCAGCUGCCCUGACAACAAAUGCAAGGGGCAGCCGUCUUGUCCCUGCGCUUGAAAACUGCAGUCCAGUUGGACGGGGGGCUUCACCAAAUGUUAUACCAAAGCUAGUGCCCUCCUAAUGCUUAGAAUAUCUGCUCUCAUUAGCCCAGGCUUAACCAGUACUGAUGGAAGGUGUAGUUCAAAAACAUUUGGAGGGUUCCAGGUUGAAGGUGAUUUGAAGCAACCUGGGCAAGCUUCCAGGGGCCAUGUGCUAGGGGUGGGCCGGGCCAGGGGUGGGGAGGAAUGGCAGAGCAGCGAGUGAUUUUACACUUGUAUAGACUACUUUGUACACACAUUCACACACCCCUUUCUAGCUUCCAUUCAAGUAAGCCAGGAGGGCAUCCACAGAGUUGGAAGGACACAUUCCAGACUUGAACUGGGGGGUGGGAGGAGCUGGGCCAGUAAGUGGUGUGGCUGCCAUAGAAUUCAGGGGGCCUGGAGGGCCACAUUUAGUCCUGGGGCUGAGGCUCCCCAUUCCUGAUUUAGAGGAUCUUUUAGGAACAGGCAGAGAAAAAUGACAUUGUGUGUGUGUGUAAAAGGAAGCUACUGGCAUACUGGAGGGGGUUAGUGAGGGAGGGGUCAUCUCUUAUGUGACUGGUGGAUUUGGAAAGCUGAUAGUCAUAUUUACUAAAAGGUCAACUUUUACUUUCAGGCAAAAUCAAGGGGCAUUGAGAAAGCAAGGGAGCAAAUGUUCACUGGAGAAAAGAUCAACUUCACUGAGGUAUACCUACUUUUUAUUUUUGUCUGUGGGUUCCUGCUCAGUAACAGGGAGGAGGUGUUUCCAGCACACAAAGCAGGGCAUCAAGCAGCUGUAUGGGGUUUCUGGAAAAUAGUGUAUGUGUGUGUGUGUGUGUGUGUGUGUGUGUGAGAGAGAGAGAGAGAGAGAGAGAGAGAGAGAGAGAGAGAGAGUAUCAGAGUCAGAGAGUGUGUGCUGGGGUUUUUGUGGUGGUGGGGGUAUAAAGGCAAUGAUCUGGCCACCAUCCUCUAGAUAUUUUGCUAUGUAGUCCAAUGAUUAAAUAUUAGACUGGUUUUCAGUUGCCAGAUUCAUGAAUAAAUUGUAUAGUUUUUCCAAUAUAUCUAGUUUGUUUUUGUGUUAAAGGUUUUUUUUUUAACUUCACAUGAAGCUAAAUGUGUGAAUAGUCUCAUUCUGUCAAAAAGUGUAUUGCAUUUCUAUGGGGACAUGCCUCUUCUAUGAUCUUGAACUGGCUUCAUAUCUUCUCUCCCCCUUUCUGGACUAAUAGUAGCCUUAUAGUUGUUACAGAUCAAGCUGACCUGAUGUGAACAGGAUGUGAAAUGAACCAGGAAGUCCCCUAUGGACCUCUGUCUUUGCUGUUUGACCUUGGAGAAACCUCCUUUCUGACAGUCCCACCAUCACCUCCAUGUGGAUCUAAAAUCCACAAUAUAAUGCAGAGCUUGACAGAGGGAUUGCUAUUAGUAAUUCCUGAAUCAGCUCUGUAUUGUAUUGGUUAUAAUAUAAUAACCCAUAACAUGAAGCGUGUUGCAUACUGGGCACUAAGUAUUAUUCUCAACACACAUUCUGUGCCACUGCAAAGCAGAAAUGCCUCCAAGUUUUUUGUUGGAAUUUUAUGAUUGCUUCACAUUAAAUGUUAAGGAACUUCUCUGAGAUGUGUCAAGUGUGAAAAAGCCACUUCCUCUUCAUGGCAACUGAAAUCCCCUUCUGUGGUUUUGGUGUUCAUUAUUUUGGUGCGCAGAGCUAUCUGAAGGAUGGCCUCUGCUGUGUACCAAGACUACCAGAUGCCCCUUCGCAUGUCCAUUUGCCUUGUGACACACAGAAUGCAAAAAUUAAGGGGCAUGCUGCCAUUUUCCUCAGUGGCACCCAAGUAGUGCGUGUCAUCGGGUGGAAAGAAAGGAGUGUUUUGUUUGUUGCGUUUUGCAACACUGCUGGCCGUUUCUGCUUUUGUUGCUCUUCUGGAGCUGUUGCUGCAACAGAAAAUUCCUGUGUUGGUAAAUUGUGGCGAUGUGUGUGUGCUUAAUAGAUUUCUUUUUCAUGUAUUUGUAAGCUGCUGCAGGGACUUCUGUGGUUGGGGAUGCUGUAUGCACAUAACAAGUAAAUCCUGCACCAUCCACACACAGGGAACAGUGAGGGGGGCUACCCACAGGACUUGAGUGUAACUUGGUCCUCUGUGCCACUACUCUGCCAGAGUGCUUUCCAGCAUCACUCUUCCUGUCUUGCCUGCCCCCAGGUGGCAGAAUAAAUUCCUUCCCUAGGCUGGCCCUUAAGAGCAUCAGAAGAGCCUGCAGCUGGAUCAGGCCAGUGGUUCAUCUAGCCCAGCAUCCUGUGGCUGGACCAUCUAGCCAAGCAACCUUGAUUUCUUGUGUGUCCCUUCUUGUGGGUAGAGGGCUGCCAUCACUUCCUCCCUCUCUGUCUACUGUUGUUGAACAUCAGAUUGUUAUAAAUAAGUCUGUCAUUACUGUUUAGUAAUAAUCCCCAGCUUUACGGCCUACCUGUGUUAGGGCAAGUUACCCAUCUCAUCUCACUAAUUGAACAUACAUUCAAAGAAGCGGGUUUUGUAUUCUAAAACACAUACUUCCCAGACUCUCUAGAUUCUUUGAAAAACAAUACGAAUAAAGAAUUGUAGGAAGUAAACAUGAAAGUCUCUCUGUCAUAAUUUUUGACCUUAACAAUAAUUUCUACAGCCUGUUUCUUGCUCCCGUCAUUCGCCAAAUUGGUUCUUGGCUGUUUCAAAAUGUCUGUUUCCCUCACCCCCACUUCUGCCUAGUGAAGCCUUUUUGGAAACCCCAAACUACACUCUAGUCUGUGGCAUCUGACCCAGUUUUGGUUGUUACUGCUUAUUUUAGUUUUUAUACACGCGCACGCACACACACACAAUAUUUAAAAAAGAUCAUUUAUAUCACCUGUAUAUUAUUUGCAUGUUUUAUAGUACUUGAUUUUUCAUUAUUUUACAAUUUUCAACUCCUUACUGUGAAACCGCUUUGAGAGAUAUAAAACAAGUGAAUGCACAAGAUGUUUGAGUGGCUGAGUGAAGGACAGGAGGGUCUUCUUGGUUCCAAAGGCAAUCAGCAACUAGUGGUCCCAUUUCCUUCUUCCUGGCUGCUGCAAUCUAAAUUCCUCUGGUCCUCUUGGCCCAAGCACCUUUUGGUUUAGAAAAGAGACUCAGUGCCCAAUAUCCUUUGCCUGGGCGGCUUAUAAGUGCCACUGAACAGUACUUGUGAAGUUUCUAUAAAUUGCAGGAGGGGAGAGUGUUCUUGUGCUUGGCUCUUGUUUGUGGGUUUCCCAUAAUGAGAAUCUGGUUGGCCACUCUGAGAACAGGAUGCUGGACUAGAUGGGCCACUGGCCUGAUCCAGUAGCCAGACUCUUAUGGUCAUUGCAGAGUUCCCAUUCACUGUGGUCUACUGGAAGAAGCGGUUCCUAGUGGAUUGUCUCCCAAACUACAGAAGAAAACCAGCAGAAAGAGAACAGAAAAUAGUUUGUUUUGCUCCUUCAGAUCAGUACCAAUCAGUUCUGCUGAGAUUCUCGGUUUUGGUAAGUAAUUGUUGCUUGUCACUAUCCAUAACUGUCUUGUCCUCUCUUCUCAUUUUAGAACCGAGCUGUGCUCCAUAUUGCUUUGCGGAAUCGCUCAAAUACUCCAAUAUUAGUUGACGGCAAAGAUGUGGUCCCAGAAGUGAACAAAGUUUUGGAGAAAAUGAAGAAUUUCUGUCAGGUAUCCAAGUAUUUGUGGGUUGUGCUCUGUGGAUAAGGCAGGUAUAAUGUCGGCUGUCAUGCGGACUAGUAGUCCCUCAGCUGUUUACAUAUUUCUGUUGGAACAAAUCAAUGUUUAUUGUAUAGUAAAAAUACUGUCUUCUAUAUAACAUAUAUAUAGUUAUAUAUACUAUAUAACAGUGCUCUUCACUCUUGGUUCCCCAGCUUUUUUGGAUCCUGACUCCCAUGAUCCCUGAUCAUUGGAUGGCCUGUGGGAAUGAUGGGAGCUGUAGUGAUGUCCUAAAUAGCCCAGUUCUCUCUCUCUGCAAAAUAUUCCUUGCUGUAGACUUUUUGGCAUGCUCUGUAGGGUUGAGAGAACAACUUUUUUAAUAUAGAUUCUAGUAAUGUAGCAACCCUUCGUCAUAUAUACACAAAACUCCAUAGACUUAAAUAGUAAAGGUUGUAUGAGAUCACAGUCCAUAUAACUGGGCUUCGUAUUCAAGAAUGUGAUCAGCGUUCCUGAUCAUCUGUUCCCCUCCAGAUGUUUUGGACUGCAACUCCCAUGAACCCCAGCCAACACUGCUUUGUAGUCCAAAACAUCUGGAGGGGACCAAGGUUGGAAAAUGCCACUUUAACUAGAAUUGGAUGCUCUGCUAUUUUUUAUUUAUUACAGUUACUUAUAUGCUGCCUUCUAGGGUACAAUUCCUUCCAAGGCAGAAAACAAGUAGUAUUAAAUUUAAUUUUUUAACUUUAAACAAAUAAUAUUAACUUAUUAAAAAGUCACCCAGCUCCUUCCCACAGGGCAGUUGGUAGAUGGCCUGGUAACUGGGAGAGGAAUAACCCAGCUGACGCAGGUUGCAAGAGGGUCUUCACCUGUUCCCCUCUUUCCUGGAAUCCUCCCCACUAAACUAAGCAAGUGGUCCACCAAGCAAUUGAAAUCUAACACCCAGUUCUUCACCAUGUGUCCACACAGUAACUCUGUGUGGUAGGUUAGGCUGAGAGGCAACGAUUGUCCCAUCUUCAUGGCUGAGUGGGGAUUUAGUCUCCCAGGUCCUAGUCCUACAUUCUAACCACUGGAAUUACUGGAAAGCACUGUAUAAAGGCCAUCUUUGUACUUGCAGAAAGUUCGCAGCGGUGACUGGAAAGGCUACACGGGAAAAGCCAUCACUGAUGUGGUCAACGUUGGCAUUGGCGGAUCAGAUUUGGUGAGCUGUUCUGCUUUGUGACUUCUCCUUGCAAAGGAAGCAUUUGGUCUAAAUGUUUAGCUGCUCUGACAGCCUUUUCUCUUUAGGGCCCCCUCAUGGUAACAGAAGCCCUCAAGCCAUAUUCCAAGGGCGGUCCUCGUGUUUGGUUUGUCUCCAACAUCGACGGUACCCACAUGGCCAAAACCUUGGCUGAGCUGAACCCCGAGACUACACUCUUCAUCAUUGCAUCCAAGGUACGUCCCAAGUCCUUUAAUACAUCAGCAGCUCAUGCUAAGUAGAGGAUUAAAUAUGCAAAGGUGACCUCUCUAGACCAGGCUUACCCCAGGCUGCCCUAGCAUCAUAUGGCCUGGGGUUGAUGGUAAUUGUUGUCAAAUUGUGGGCACCAGGUUGGGAAGGCUGCUGCACAUUGCCUUUGCUCAUGCCAGUUUUGGUGACUAGGCAGAGGAACAGGUUGCUCUUGGUUUAUUUAAGUAUUUGUUAGCCAGUAGCUUUAGUUAAGCCUGCUGGCUUUGGGCUUAGCUGAACUAGGAGAAAAAUAUGAUAGAUGAUGCACUGAUUUUUCAGACGCUUGGCUUUUUAUGCAAGCUGUACUUUGCUAGGGCGCCUCAGUAUUUUGUCUGAGAAACCAUAGAGUUGGAAGGGACCCAAAGGGUCAUCCAGUCCAACCCCCUGCAAUGCAAGAAAAGGCAGGCAAGAGUUUAGGAAGCUUAAGUGGGAAGAGAACUUCAACCUAUAGGCUUUGUUUUGUGAAUUGGAACUCCCCAGUUCCUCUGAAUUUUGUUGUAUGUUUAUGCAAUGGUUUAUGUUUAAUUUUUUUUUUUGAUGCAUUUAAUAUUGUAUUGUGGGUUUUAAGUAUUUAUGCACACUACCCUGAAAUUGGCUUUUGGGUAAAAGUGUGGUAUAAGAAUUAUUGAAAAAGAAAGAAAUCCAGGUUUCCUGCCUGAAUGCUGUUGAGAAGACUAGCAUCUCAUGGCUCUCAUUUGCCUGGAUGCCUUUAGACAAUUGGUUAGGUUUGGAAAGGGAUGAAUAGCAUUUUUUUUUAAAGCUUGCUUUAUAAACUAGUCUUUUGUUAUAUAAUGAAAGAAUUUUUUGGAGAUGGAUGGGAGAGGAGGAGGACGUGAUGUUGGUCCUUAAAGCUACAUUUUAAUGGUUGAAUAAACUCCAAUAGAGCAGGGUGAUAUUGACAGAACUGCAUGACUGGCCAUGUCAACGUGUUUCAUAAAGAGGGAAAUAUUUUUUUUGCUGAUGAGCAAAUUGGGACUGUCUGGAAAAUCAAGGGGAACAAAGGGCCCCAUGUUUAGAUCCACAGCAGAUCAGUCAGAGCAAUUAUUGGCUUGAGUGAUUUCAAAUCUUCCUGCAAGUUUAAAAUUAGCAAUCAUAAGAAGGGCCCCAUCAAUCUGAAUGUUCUCCAGUGCAUGCCCUCAUUGUAAUGAAUGGGGCUUGCACAGGUCGUUGUCCUGAUGGCUAUUACUAAAAGUGUGUGAGAGUUCUAAAUGACUUUUAAAUUCUCAAAAGGUAGUCAUUAGGAUUGUGUGUGCUGUGAUUUUGAGGGGAAAGUGCAGAUCUGAUGGAAUUCAGCUUCUUGAGAACAAUAAGUAAAAAAAGGCAAAAAAGUGCACAAGAUGGUUUGUGUUGGUACUAGCAAGCUAUGUAGCUGGCAUUGCUUGGGAAUUUGAAGAAACCAAAAAAUCGGUGGAGUUUUUAAAGGUUCUGUCUGCCAUCUUGUUUCAAAAUGGCACCCAAUUGGAUCCAAACGUAAGAUGAAAACCCACUUCUCAAUCACAGGAAUCGUCAUGCUAGAUUUGAUCUUUAUCUGAAUGUGGAUGGGCGGACAAAAAAGUUUUCAAAAUACAGAUCUAGAAAUAAUAAUAAUACUGUAGGUAAAGAUAAUACAAAUAAUUAUAUUUUAUAAAGCAGUAUGUAAGAACUAGAAACUGCUAAAAUGUGUGAGCCAAGGCAGCUCUAGUUGUGCUGAUGGGAGCACCUUGGAAUUUGCCUGUAGUUUCCUCAUUGUGCUUUCUGUUCCUUAAAAGUUGCCUAAGUGGCUUGUCUAAGUCUUUAACUGUUUUCCCCCUCUUCUCUUGGUGCACAGACUUUUACCACCCAAGAAACUAUUACCAAUGCCGAAACAGCCAAAGAGUGGUUCCUAAAUGCUGCUAAAGAUGUAAGUGAAAGUUCCUUGGUUAUGUGCUCAGUUGUGUAAAUAAAUUAAUCUGUAAAGUGGCAAAUGACUAAUGUAGAUAUAAAGGUAGCCCAGAAAGAGACAGGAGUCAGCUUCAGUAAACAUUUCCUGCCUUGUCCCAUGGAAGCAAAUUUCUACUUAGGGUUAGCAAGCCUUCUCCAUCUCUAAAACAUUUUUGGUGCAAGAGUGUUGGAUGCCGUUUCUGCUGUCUUAAUUCCUGCUAGGAACUGCUACAUGCUUUCGCCCAGGUGGUCACAGAACUGUAGCUGGAAUCCUCUACAAAAGCUCCAGCUGAAACUGCAAACUGGGAGCCAGUCUUCAGAAUGUGUUUGUCCACCCUCGUUGGCAUUUAGCUAUGGUCCUCUGCACUUAUACUAACCACAGUUACCUCCACAGCCAUGGUUUGCAAAUGCAUCUCAAACCAUUGCCUCGUAGUCUGGUUUAUGAGGGAGCCAGGUGACUGUUGGUGGACAUGACUGAAUGUGGGGAAGGAAUGGAGGGCAGGCAGUUUCCUGUGUCAUGAGAAGGGAGCACAUACCCCUCAGGCAGACUCCAGGCCUGCAAAUGUUGUUGCAGGGAAAGCCUGCGUUCCAUCUGCGCAGGCCUGAGGUGUCUUGGCAGACUCCUCCCUAGGAACGUUUUGGAGCCAGUUGGGCUGCAAAGAAACAUGAGAGUAAAGGCAAGCUAGCGAGUGCCCCUUUGAUAUUUGGCAACUCCUUUGCAGCCUGAAACCAGGUUGUACUUGAGACAGGACUUGGCCUUUUCAAAGGCAGAUGCCUGAACUAUGAAUAGGUUCCCUGAAGUGGAGCCCUGCGUUCUCCAGCAACUUCUAAAAGGAUGUGCUGCUUCUUCGCUAUAACUAUCUUUAUCCUGAUGGAGGGGCAGAGUUGCCUGUUUAAUGGAGUCUAAAAAAGACACACUGCAGACACUGAACUGCAGAUGAAGCUGGGGUUGAGAGGUUGUUAAUUGCUGCAUGGUAUGGGGCAGUUAAACAGCCUUUUCAUACUGGCACAUGUUGCUCUUGCAAAAUGCCUCCCCACCACCUUACAAUUCUAAAAAUGAUGAAAUUGCUAGGAAGAAACCAGGACACCCCCCCCCCCCAAAAAAGCAGCUCCAAUAGGGUGGAAUCUGGAGGGCCGUAAUCUGGGUUGGAAUCAUCAUCAUGGCAAGUAAAGCAGAAAGUUCAGGUCUGGAUCCAGCACUUCUGGGGGACUAAAGGCGAGGCAAGCUCAGUGUGCAAGCAGUGGGUACACUACAGUAGGUACACUAUAAUAAUAAUUUUAUUUAUACACCUCCCAGUAUAAGCAUACAAAACACACCAAACCAUUUUGUGCUUUUAAAACAAGUGUAACUAUCUUCAACCCCUAAACUUGCUUUCUAGAAUGUUAGAAUAUUAAUAUUAAUUGGUAUGCUGUUUAAUGCCCAGGAGGGGAUCCUUGGCAUUGCUUGAUGCUCUGCCACUGUGCCCAACAAGUCUGGUGGUGUUGCUGUUAAAUGCCAGGUUGGUUUGAUCCAAUGCUGUGCUUUUGUAACCAGUGUAUGAGCUGCAGCUGGUAAAAAGUACUCCUUGUGCUUAUGCCAUCACUGCAUGGCUGUGAGCUGUAAUGUCUUGAGGAGGAAGUUGGUUGUGCUCAUUCCACAGACAAAUUCAUUUCUGCAGCAAGAACAGUUUCCUCCAGGUAUGCUGGAGUACAACUCACCCCCUCCAGCCCCCAGAGGUCAGGAGUGAUGGGAGUUGUUGUCCAGAGACUUGGGGAGGGGGUACCAUGUUGGGUACCCCUGCUAUGUAUAAACUGGAGCUCAAUUCUACUCAGUUGGUCAGCUAAUAAUAAUAUUUAAAGCAAGCUUAGCUACUCUGGAGAACAGUCAGCAAAUGCUGUCCCAAGGGAAUACAUACCUGAGUUGAUGUUUUAUCGCAGGAUGUUUAUCUUAAUUGAAUAUUUCUUAAUUGAGGGAGUGGCUUUCAUGUUGUGUUCUCAGGAACAUUGACUUUCCUCAGCGUAUUGAUGUUCCUUGAUAAGAAGCUCAGUAAUGACUGACAUGCUCUCCCUCCCAAAAGGCAGUUUGCCCACCUCCUACCUUAUUUCCCCCCUGGCUGCACCUUUGGUGUUGGGAAUGCUCUGAAGUGCAAACUCAGUUCAUUAUUCCGGCUCUUGGUAACACUUGGCAGCCUGUCUAGCAUCCCUUUGGACAAGGCCUGUCGCGUAAAGCAUAGCGGGAAUCCUUUUGUAGGGUACAGGACAUCACUGAUUCCUGUGACAAUCUGUAAAAUCAAACAAACAGGCAUAAAACCAAUUUUUGUGGUAGCAACAGUUUUUAGUAUGUUAGGUUUUAACAUCUUCUUUCACCUGGUGGUUUCAGUAACGUUUAUUGUGGUAGUGAUUUUAGGAAUGAAGGACUUCUUUUUUUUUUUUGAGACUGCUGGCUUUAUGAUGAGUUAAAUUUUGCUGGAGUUUUUAAAACGAUGUAUGCUUUUGCUGAAUAAAAGUUCCAUGAAGGUAAAAAACCCAAACCUGAUAGGAUAUUUAGCCUUGGGGAGGUGGAGCAGCAGUGGUGGUCUCUGAACUUUAGUUAUGAUUUCCAGGGCUGUCGUGGCAGUUCAGAAUAUCUCGAUUGUUUCCUUACCCAACAAUCUUCCUUCCUUUCUUUUCUUUCAAGCCUGCGGCUGUGGCCAAGCACUUUGCUGCCUUGUCUACCAACGGGGUGAGUAUUUCAGUUUAUAAGUUUCUGUAGUUUUUUGCCCUUCUAGAACAAUUUAAUAGCAGUGUUGGGAUCAAAGUAAUGUGAUGCAGGAGAUCAGUGAUGCUAAGUCUCCUGUUGCUUUACAAAACAGCUGUUGCCUUGAAGAUGUGGGAACAUUUUGAUGACUUUAGGUCUUCCCCUACUGAGUUUGUAGCAUAUUUUAGGAAAUUGCAUGGCUGGAAGGAAAGGGUUAACCCCCUCCCCUCCAUUGCCAUUCCUAAAUCUCCCAUGACACUUCUUGUUCGGCCCGCAGCUGAAAAUAUAUGAUGGAAAUAGAAAGCAAUACUAUUGGAGUCUCUUGAAAUAUUCUACAUACUUACAGUGAAUUGAUCCUACAUGUGCUGGUUCUUAACUUGCCAAAAUGGCACUCCUUGCUAAAGUGGGUGGGGUCUCCUAACAACUCUCAGCAGCACCCUUAGCAAACCACAGCUCCCAGAAUUCUUUGGGGGAUGUCAUUGGAUGUUUAAAGUGGUAUAAUGCUUUUAGUGUAUAGUGUGAAUGUGGCCUUAUUCUUCCUUCUCUCUUUAAAAAAUACAGCCACAAUAAUAUAUUGGUUGCUCUGUCCCUAUAGAUGUAAAUAGUGUUGCUCAGGCUUUCCCAAGAAAGCUCUACUUUGAUAAACAUUCCUACUGCGGCUUCUCAGCCACUGAAUGUGUUUUGAAUAUGUAUUUUCCCAACCCUAACUGGAGAUGCUAUUGAGAGUUGAACCUGGGGCUUUCUGUAUGCAAAGCAGCUGCUCCACCAUUGAGCCACAGCCCUAGUAAUUUUUGCAGGCUUCUCUGCCUAGCACCAAUCUGAUCUCUAAUUGUUGCUCUCUCUCUCUCUCCACCCCCCCCCCCCCGCUUUCCCCCUUUUUUAGCCUAAAGUUAAAGACUUUGGAAUUGACACUCAGAACAUGUUUGAGUUUUGGGACGUAAGUAAAACAUGCUAUGCAAGUCCAUCAUUGGACAAUAGGACAGUGCUUCUCAUUCUUCUAGAAUUCAGGCUCCCCACAUACACAUUUUUCUCUGGAUACACAGGGAAUCAUUGUAUACAGCCUACUUCUUCACCCAGGAACCUGUUGUGAGGCAGCAAUGCUUCUGAAUACCAGUUGCUGGAAGCAACACGGGGUGGGGGGAGGGGUCUUGUGCUUGGCUCCUGUUUGUGGGCUUCCCAGAAGAGGCGUCCAGUUGACCACUGUGAGAAUAGGAAGCUGGACUAAAUGGGUUAUCAGCCUGAUCCAGACAGCUCUUCUUACAUUUUUAGUUUUUUGUUUACUAAAACAACAAAUCGUUAAUGCUCAAACAUACGUUAGCAUGUACACAGACAGAUACACACCAACAGAUCAGAGUCUUCUCCUAAACAUCCAGUGCCAGCGUGGUGUAGUGGUUAAGAGCGGUAGACUCAUAAUCUGGGGAACCAGGUUCGCGUCUCCGCUCCUCCACCUGCAGCUGCUGGGUGACCUUGGGCCAGUCACACUUCUUUGGAGUCUCUCAGCCCCACUCACCUCACAGAGUGUUUGUUGUGGGGGAGGAAGGGAAAGAAGAAUGUUAGCCGCUUUGAGACUCCUUCGGGUAGUGAUAAAGCAGGAUAUCAAAUCCAAACUCUUCUUCUUGUGUUAACCAAGUGGGGGAAGGAAAGCUUCCAUGAUUUUGCCCAAUCUUUAAAGCCAUACAGGUUGGUAGGCAUCAAUGCCUCAGGACCUGAUAAUUCCUACGAACUGUAUAUGCCUUCCAGGUGUGACCCCCCCUCCUCAAUUUGGGAUAGAAUAAAAGUCUGUUCAGCAGCAGCGAUGUGCUGACCCUCCUCCUUUUGCUAAUAUUUGCAGUGCGGUGGAGCUUUGAUGAAGGGCAGAUUUUAGGGGUCACCACCAUGAAUACACUGCAGAAAGUCUGGCCUCUUUGGCUCUUUUGCUAAGGAACUUGUCAAAGGUCAGGCUAGGAGGCCUCUGAACACAUUUCAGUCUAGACAGCUGCUGGGUAAUAGGAGAUAGUUUGCUGCUCCCAGCUUCUGGACUUCAUGAGUUAUUAUAAGCUGUGACAUUUUGCCUGAUGGGAGCCUACUGUAUAGAAUCUAGGUCAGUAAAAAGGUCAAAUGUCAGCCUUGCUUGAGAUCUUGAAAGUGGUGCAGGGGCUGAACUUCGAUCUUUGAGCUUAUCAUAAACUGCCUGGCAGUGAAGAAUCCAAAGUUCAUGACCGUCCAAGGAUUUGGCUGCACCUUUUCCUUACCUCAUCCUCCUGCCAUAGAAAGGUGUCCCUUUCCCACUUCCCAUGUGCCAGAUUCCUCCUUAAGGUGACCAAGCUCAGGUGGCAAAGCUCUGCCCCAAAUGCAUAUCCUGAAAGACCUGGCGCUGGGAAUGCCCACUCGCUGCCUUUCGUCUGGCACCUCAUUUUUCCCUAGUUUGGUGGGUCAAACUUCCCCUUAUCCCUCUUUUCUAAGUCCUAAGAAUCCAAAAGUUCCAGGGUUAUAGCUAGUGCUCAUUCUACUCAUAGUAUUCCUAUUGAAAUUUGUUUGCAUGACUAAUGUGGGUGCAUUAAUUUCAGUGAUCUGCUCUGAGCAGCUACAACCCACAGUAUUUUGCUUUAAACAUCUGUUUUGUGAUUUCUGUUGUAAUGGCCACUGGUGACAAACAAUAAAAGGCACUUUGGAACUCCUUGCCUCUGGAUUUGAGGCAGGUGCCAUCACUACAGUUUUCGGUGCCUGUUAAAACAUCUUUGUUGAGGCAAACCUAUGCAGACAUUCAGAACUUGCAUGUUUUAUUUUUAUUUUGCUACUUUUUGCAUCUUUUGAAUAUUUUUGAUAUCUGUUUUCUACCAAUAACUUUAAUGUUUUAUUUUAUAAAACAUUAAUAUAUUACAUCAAGCAGUAUAUAUUUUUUAAAAAACACUUGACUGACUUUUCCUGUAAACUCCCCAUCCCCAAGUGAUAUAGAGAUGUUGUUACAAUGCCUGCUUUUGCCAUGGACUCAAUCUACAGCCACCUUUGCUCUCCAGACAUUUUGGGCUAGAAACUCCCCCAUCAGCGACGCUGGCUGUGGGGCUAAAGGAGAGUUGUAGUUCAAAAUAUCUGGAGAGCACCCAGUUGAAGUGAAUUGGGGGUUCUGUGCUGGAGUGCUUUGCAGAGGAGUCCCCGGUGGUUCGUGCCUAGAAUACCUUGGUCUUCUCCAAUGACUUUCCUCUCACCCUACCCUCUUUUCUGUUUGCAGUGGGUUGGUGGCCGUUAUUCAUUGUGGUCUGCCAUUGGCCUCUCCAUUGCUCUACAUAUUGGUAAGUACCCAGAGUUCUUGGCAUGAUAUCUUCUACUGCUACUAUGCUGGGCUGAUACCUUUGGUUUUGGGGGCCUAAAAAAAAAAGGAAAAAAAAAAGAUCAAGUAUAUUUUAGAAAGCCAACUACUUUUUUUUUAUUAAAAAAAUUGAGUGACUCAUAACUUUGCAGAUAGCUGUUUCUGGUUCUCAAAACUAGAAUAGAAAUCUAAUGAAAAUGGGGGCAGGGACCAACCUUCGCUUCUUUCCAAAUUGAAUGCUGUGUUGACUCAGUAGGGUAAAAUUGUACAGGCACGUUGGGUUCGGAUCACAAACUGCUUUUGAGUUUGACAAACCCAGCAAGCAAAGGAAACAAUGAGGAAUAGAAUUUUGCAGUUGUGUGGUUUGCAAACAGGCGUUUCCACUUAAUAAUACUGGUGUUUGCUUUUUAAAAAAAAUCUAUUUAGGUUAUGAUAACUUCGAGAAGCUGCUUGCUGGAGCCCAUUGGAUGGUGAGUAUUUGGUUAUUCUUCACAGAUGAUUGUGUCUGUGUCUCCACCUAUUUGGUGACUUUAAACUGGGAGUGGACAAAGUCAUGGAGGAGAGGGCUAUCAGUAGCUACUAGCCAAUACUGAUAUGCUUUGCACCAGAAGCUAUAAUGCUUCUGAACACCAGUCACUGGGAACCUGAACCUCAGGAGGGGAAGAGUGCUGCUCUUGAACUCAGGUCCUUCAAGAGAGCUUUCCUGAAAAACAUCUUCAUGUACGCGACAACGGCCGCAAGAGUUCUGGUAGCACAAGGAUGGAAGACUGAAGAAACCCCAACUAAAGAAUCAUGGCAAGAAAAAUUGAUGGACCAUGCAGAACUGGCAAAAUUGACAUAUAAGUUACGGGACAAGGAUAACUGUGACUUUAAGGAUGAAUGGGAACCUUUCACAAAGUAUCUGAAGACGCAACAAAGAACUGGACUCCUUGGCAGGUUUUGAAUAAACAUUCACAAUUUUUUUACUGAUAAUAAUCAGCUAAACAGUUUGAAGAUCUAUACAACUCUGUAACAUGCAGAAAAUAGCGUUAUUGGAGAAACCAAAGACUGGAACUGAGGGAAGUCGGGGGGUAGGGUGGGCGGAUGGUUUCUGGGGGGGGGAGAGCGGGGAGGAAAUAAGGAUAUGUUUUUGGAAAAUAUGUUUUGUUAUAACUUUGAAUAAAUAAUAAAAAAAGAGAGAGCUUUCUAUGAGGGCCUCAGAAUGGCCACUAUGAGAAUGCUGGACUAGAUGGGUCAUCGGCCUGAUCAGAAGGGCUCUUUGUAUGAUUUUAACCCGGUUGUUAGCUGGGGUUAUGUAGGGCAAGCAAGAAACAUCCCCCCCCCCAAAAAAAAGUCUUAAUCAGUCGUCUCUGGCUUGGUAGAUCACAAGCAUUGGUCAUACACAGUGAAAAUCCAUGCAACUCCCAUUCACAGUUAUAGGAACUGGUAGAAGCACCACUGGCUGAAUGGGUUCUUAUUUUUCAGUAUGUUCAGAGGUUCUAGUAUUAUCCCCCCCCUCCCCUCUGGAGAGCCAGUGUGGUGUAGUGGUUAAGAGCGGUAGUCUCGUAAUCUGGGGAACCGGGUUUGAGUCUCCGCUCCUCCACAUGCAGCUGCUGGGUGACCUUGGGCCAGUCACACUUCUUUGAAGUCUCUCAGCCCCACUCACCUCACAGAGUGUUUGUUGUGGGGGAGGAAGGGAAAGGAGAAUGUUAGCCGCUUUGAGACUCCUUAAAGGGAGUGAAAGGCAGGAUAUCAAAUCCAAACUCUUCUUCUUCUUCUUCUUCUGCCCAGUGCACUGUUGGCUUUCACAAAGUAAAAACUUCUGCUUUCUACUGCUAGAAGCCAGCUCUGCAUGGCUCUAAAGAAGCUGGAGUUUCAUGGGUGUGUUUGACAUUGGGUCCAGGAUGGACCAAGUGUGCUGUAGGUUUGGUUUUUAUAACAUGGGUGUGUUUUACAUCCAUUUGCCUAACAGGACAAUCACUUCCGCACCACUCCGCUGGAGAAGAACGUGCCCGUGUUGCUGGCAAUGCUGGGAGUCUGGUAUAUCAACUGCUUUGGGACUGAGACCCAUGCGCUUCUGCCCUACGACCAGUACAUGCACCGCUUUGCAGCAUACUUCCAGCAGGUAAGGAGUGUCAUCCUUGGAGUCGUUCCCUUGUGCUCCUUAUUGGUUGGUCUGCUCUCUGAAUCCAGGCUUGCAAUCUUAAGAGUGGAAUGAGGAUCCUUGAAUGUACAUUGGGUGCAGGGAAGCAUCCACGUUAAUUACAGUCUGUGGGUCGUUCCACCAAAUAAGAGUUGUGGCUUGCUGGGUCACAGGCUGCCAAUGCUGCACAGAGUGUAGGCCUCUGUCCAACCCUCCUGGUGGUGCACAAUUAGCUGUGUGUGUCUCCUCUGUUCUGGCUGAUUCUAGUACUAUAUAUGCCUAUAUAUGGUUCCAUUGCUGCUGUUUUACUGUACAGUGGUACCUCGGGUUACAUAUGCUUCAGACUCCGCUAACCCAGAAAUAGUGCUUCAGGUUAAGAACUUUGCUUCAGGAUGAGAACAGAAAUCGUGCAGCGGCAGCGCAGCGGCAGCAGGAGGCCCCAUUAGCCAAAGUGGUGCUUCACGUUAAGAACAGUUUCAGGUUAAGAACAGAACUCCGGAACGAAUUAAGUACUUAACCCGAGGUACCACUGUAUGUCUUUUAUUGAAAUGAGUUUUAUUUCCUGAUUAUUAUUUUUGUUAUACUUUUGCAAGUAGCUUGGAGACUUCUAAAGUGACUAAUAAAUUGAAUUGGUGAUGAUUCAUGUAUUAAGUCUGAACUUCUGCUGUCACUUAGGGAGACAUGGAAUCUAAUGGGAAAUACAUCACCAAGAAGGGCACUCGUGUGGAUUACAAUACUGGGCCAAUUGUGUGGGGUGAGCCUGGAACCAAUGGGCAGCACGCUUUCUAUCAGCUGAUCCAUCAAGGUAUGUUGAAAAGUGGAUCCCAUAUUCUGAGCAUUUUAGUAGAGCCAGUUAUCCCAGAGUUGGAAGGGGCCUUGGAGGCGGUGUCUCAUCCAGGAAGGACAGUAUAGGAUGGCCAGGCAGGAGCCUGGCCAGGCUGCACCUAAUAACUUUCACCAAAGGAGGGCAACCCACAUAUCCAGACAGCCUAUGCCACUGUCAAAAAACUUCAGUGUUGUUGAUUUCUAUGCCUGCUUUCCAUAGUUAAACCCAGCUCAAGGUGGCUUACAACAUCAAAAGAUGUAUAUACACACACACACACACACACACACACACAGAGAGAGAGAGAGAGAGUAGAUUAUGUAGUCAUGAUCAGUAAAUGAAAACAUCUCAGCAAGUAUACAAUUAAACAAUCCCCACAUGAGUCGUAAUAAGGUCUAACAAUAAAAAUACACAAGUAUGAAACAUCUCCAAAAUUAAAUCUUGACCCCCAACAAAAAUCUGAGCACCAGCUUCUGUAGUAGGAGCCAGUCAGCCACCCUGUGGCCAGGUGGUAAUAAACCAGUUAAAGCAGGGAGCAGGUCAUGUAGGACGUCUUCUUGUGUUCACCUGAAAUCUGCAAAUUACACAUAUUUAAAAUUCAUCUGGUUUUUAUUGCUUAUAUCCCACAUUUCCUUCAAGAAGCUCAAGGCAUCAUGCACAGUUCUUCCCCCCUUCCCGGUAUUACCUUCACAACAACCUUGUGAGGUAGGUUAGCCUGAGAGGGGGUUGACUGGCCCAAGGUGAUGCAGUGAGCUUCACAGCUGAUUUGGGGAUUGGAACCCUGGUCUCCCAGGUCCUGACCAGACUUUGUAACCUCCACCAGCAUACCACAUUGGUUCACGUUCUGUCCUUUGGCGUAGCAGAGAGCAAGUUGAUGUAUCUCAGGCACUUAUUAAUCUGACCACUGUAAUAGUGCUCCAGUUUGAUGUGAAGUAAGCAUCUGCAUAAGCCACUGUCAGUGUGUUACAGCAGCGGAGAUGUCAGGUCCCUUAAAAAUAAAGCAGCAAAUUAGAACUAGUUUCCUACAGUUAGCCUUGUCGAACAAGUUUUCUUAAUGAAACUUAACUGCAUCAAAGUGAGACUCUCAUAAAAUCUCUCUCUCUUUUUUUUUUGGUAGGAACUCGUAUGAUCCCGUGUGACUUCCUCAUCCCAGUCCAGACGCAGAAUCCUAUCAGGAAAGGGCUGCAUCACAAGGUGAAUGGUCAACAACCAAUAGCUUGUUUUCAAAGCAGUUUCUUGCAUGUGGGAAAACUUGAAUACCACAGAGAAAGCAGAUCCUUGCAAGAGAUUCUUAUUUGGAGACGCUUUCAUACAAACUCAAGUCACUCCCUUAUACAGUGGAACCUCUACUCAUGUACGGAAUCUGUUCCAGAGGUCCGUUCGUGAGUCGAUCUGGGUCGUUGGGAGAAGCACCGUUCUGCGCGUGCGCAUUUGGCGGCCAGCGUCGUUCUGCGAUCUGCAGACAGCCGCUUCUGCACAUAUGCAGACGGCGGCAGCUGCUUCUGCGCGUGCACGAAUCGCGGCAAACCCAGUAUUUACUUCUGGAUUUGCCGCGGUCGCGAGUUAGAUUGUUCGCGAAUAGGGCCGGUGGUAAGUCGAGGUUCUAUUGUACUGAAUCAGUUUGCAGGUCUAUUGAGCCCAGCCUGGACUCCAGCUCCUGCCAGCACAGGGUUUUGAAGCGUAGCUGUGUAUAAAACAAGUACAUUGAACAAAAUUGCUAUUUGGCAUAAUUCUAUAAUAUGUAUACAUACAUACAUAUUGUGUAGCAUAGCUGGCUUGGCUCAGCUUCUUGCUUUAGUGAGCAUUGUAAGAAAUGAAGCCCAGUCCCUGGGUUCUGAGAUUUCAGCAUGUGCUAUCAGAAGUGAAUAGGUUCUAUCUUCCUCGUGUUAAAGGGAGGCAGUGGCUAGCAAAUGGACUUGGCAACAGGCCUCCAGCAAGAGAUAGAUGUUUUUAGCGCACUAGAUGUGUCAACCAGCUGUGUGCUAUCAAUUACUGGUUUUGGGGAAGUGGGGGGGGUGGAGUUGGGUGAAUAAUCACUGUUAAAAAGGCAGUUAUCCUCAUUGUUGCUUUUGGGAUUUCACUUCCUUCAAUCAUAGUAUUUGCAAUCCUGCCCUAACCAUUUAUAUUUUAAUAGUAACUGAAAUUGGCACCUUCCAAAAUCUGGCAAUUGCCAACAUGGGCACUAUCAGUACAUACCCAAUUAAUAGUUUAAAAUGAGCAUUUAAGUUGAAAAAAUUCAACAGGGCUAGCUCACUUGCCUUUUUUUAGGUGUUGGCCAAUAAUUUUGUGGAUCUCUGUAAAGCUGGAAUACCAAAAUGUGGCAACUUCAUUGCAAGUCCUACCACAUGUGCGAGAAGUGCCCCUUAAUUUUGCACCCCUCCAACACCACGGGGUAUGAAUUGGAUUGAUAUUUGCCAAGCACAGAAGAGUAAGAUGCCAUUUCUGGAAUGCUUUCAGUGCAAUUUCCUUAAAUGAAGCUGGAAUUGCUUUGUAGGGAAAUUUUGUCCACGUGGUAUUCCAGUCCUUGGCAACAGAAAUAAAAAUAUUAAUAUGAACAGUUGUGAUAUGCAAAUCUAUUUUAUUAUGUGUUUUUUAACAAAAACAUUUUUUAAAAAAGGAUGGAGAAAAUCAGCAGCAUGGUAUCUAAAAUACGAAAGGGCAAACCACCUCUCUGUCCUAAUGCUGGUCACCACAGAAAAUGACACAGGCCUCUCUCUCUCCUUUCCUGCUAGAUCCUUCUGGCCAAUUUCCUUGCCCAGACUGAGGCCUUAAUGAAAGGGAAGACCGCAGACGAAGCUCGUAAAGAGCUGCAGGCUUCUGGGCUGAGCGGGGAUGCCCUGGAGAAGAUUCUUCCACACAAGGUACCUCAGUUGCAGCACCGUUUCAAGCAUUUGGGUGGGUCACAGGCAUUGCACCAUGGUUUGCAACUGGAUGGAUAAACUGAAGGCCAACCAGGGUGACUCCCCUAUGAGGAAAGGUUGCUGUGUUAGGGUCUUCUUAGAGGAAAGGUGAGCAAGAGGUGGCAUGAUAGAAGUUGAUGAAAUUAUGACUACCGUGGAGAAAAUGGGUACAGAAAAGUCCUGUCCCCCAAUAACCCCAGAACUCAAGGCCAUCCGAUGAAGCAGAAUGUUGGAAGUUUCAGGACAGUAAAGAAAUAAUAAUUAUUUAUUAUUUAUGCUCUGCCCAUCUGGCUGGGUUUCCCCAGCCACUCUGGGCAGCUCCCAACAGAAUAUUAAAAACAUGAUAAAACAUCAAAUAUUAAAAACUUCCCUAAAGAAAGGACUUCUUCACACAGCUCAGAGUUAAACUGUGGAACUUGUUCCCACAGAAGGCAGUGGUGGCCAGCAGCUUUAGAUGGCUUUAAAAAACAGUUUUGAACAAAUUAAUAGAAAAGGCAGUCGGUGGCUAUUAGCUGUCAGAGGCAGUAAUGUUUCUGAAUACCAGUUGCUGGAAACCAUAGCAGGGGAGAACACUCUUCUUGCUUGCUGGUUUUCGACAGGCAUCUGGUUGGCCACUCUGAGAACAGGAUGCUGGACUAAGUGGGACAUUGGUCUGAUCCUGCUGGCUCUUCUAAUGUUCUUACGAUACUGAGCCACCUACAGGCAAAGACUCAUUUGACCCUGCCUGUAUAAAUUAAAUGAAACUUUCAUAUAAAUGAAAGCUUUCACUAAAAAAGAAAGAAAGAAACACUGUGGCCUGAACAGUCAUCUGUUUUGAAGUGGUAUCAAAGUAUUUAUUGCCUUUAGAGUCUUACAGGGGAAGGCAGGUCCCUGCUCCUAGGACACUACAAAUGUAAGCCUGUAGGUGACAGCCAGGCACGAAACAAGGGAUGAGUAUGGGUGCUUGAGCUUUUGAUUUUAUGAGCCGGAAGGACCCAAAUGUUCAGACACAAGCUUGUUCAAGGGAGGAUUUGAAGAAGUGGCACACCCUGUAGCUGUUAUUGUUUCACAGCUAAAUCAUCAGUGAAAAACCGUAAGAUGCAUUAUUGACAGGUGUCUGAAGAGUAGAGUGUAGUAAUAAAUGUUUAUCUCUUGUGUUUCCUUUAUAGGUCUUUGAAGGAAACCGCCCAACCAAUUCCAUUGUGUUUACUAAGCUUAACCCAUUCAUUCUUGGAGCCUUAAUUGGUAAACGUCUUACUCUUGAGUAUUUGUAUUCAUAGACUGCUUUGUCAUCUAUAAGACUCACUAUUCAUCCUGCCUGUCUUCCUCUCUUUUCUUUAAUCUGUUACAGCGAUGUAUGAACAUAAGAUCUUUGUUCAAGGAGUUGUAUGGGAUAUCAACAGCUAUGACCAGUGGGGGUAAGUCACUUUCAUGUAUAUGGGGGGAGGGGCUUUCCUUGCAAAAUGAGUCUGCUUUCCUAGGGGUUGGACUCCCACUUAACUUGAAAGGAGCCAAGAUCAGUCUAGGCCAAACCUGUUUCAUAGUGGAAGAAUAAGCUAUUUGCACCUUGGCCUAUUGCUGUAGCAACUUUGCUAAAGGAUCAGCAGGUAUGUUCUUGACAGGUUGGACUGAUCUUCACUGCCAUCAGUUGUGUGAGAAGUUUCCCCUGCAGACAACCAAGCUGCACUUAGUUACUGAAAAGCCGCCUGCUUUUUUUUGGUUAUGCUUUUAUAAAUAGAAGCACCCAAAAAAGCAAAAGUUAAACAUACAUAGUUGGAAACAUAUACUGAAGGGAAUAUAUUAUUCCCCAUUAUUAAGGGGAAUAAUCUCGCCUUUAUUAAGAAGAGCCUUGCUGGAUCAGGCCAAAGGGGGUUCAUCCAGUCUAACAUCCUGUUCUCACAGUGGCCACCCAGGCACCUGUGGGAAAUGUGCAAGCAGAAAUUGAGCCCAAGAAACCCUCUUCCCCUCCUGUGGUUUCCAGCAACUGGUAUUCAGGAACAUUACUGCCUCCAAAUUGAAGGCAGAGAAAUAUCCAUCAAGAUUAGUAACCAUGAAAAUACGCAUUCUGGAUUGCUGCUUCUCAGCCAGUAAAACUGUUCCUGCCAGUGUGGCUCAACAGCUAGCUAGCAUGUAUUUGGACUGGGAAGACCUCGGAUCAAUCCUUUGCUCAGCCACAAAGCCUGCCUUGUGCACCUCAGGUUGUCCCGCUUACCACCAGUUGUGUGGUUGCAGGCCUUGCUGAUUUGCACCCAUGCUGCCCUAAGCUUCUUGGAGGAAAGCCAGGUUUUAACCAGUGUCUAAGCCAGGCCUUUGGUCUCUAGCCUAAAUCCAUCCUUUUCCUUCCCUUUGUAUGUAAAAACCAGCGUUGAGCUUGGAAAGCAGCUGGCCAAGAAAAUUGAGCCAGAACUGGAAUCUGAUGCGCCGGUGACAUCUCACGAUUCCUCCACCAACGGGCUGAUCAACUUCAUCAAGAAACACCGGGCCUGAUCCGAGGGCAGGAGGGCUGCGUGCCGACGACAAUCCAACCGCCAAACACCCAGAUCGAUGUUGUAGUCUGUGUUUCGUUAACCACUCUUAACCGGAAUAGCACUUUUUUCACCAGUUCUGUUAGCUGUUAACGGUUAGCCUUGUUGCUUUUUUGAGCGUUGUUGCAAACAAAACCUUUUUUAAUCUUGUGACACCUGGAAAAUGCUGUUUAGUUGCUGUUCGUAGCAGCUGAAUUGUAACUGUUGGGUACUGUUACCCCCCCCCCCACUCACUUCCCGCUCCAGCUCCACUCUGUAUUGCCUAGAUGGAAGCUGCACAACAGGCGGCAGCAAAAAACCCCUUUGCCUGCACUGUAUCUUGUGAAGCUGGUGCCAUUGUGAGACACCCCACCUUGUACAAGAUUAUACCACAGUUAACUAAACAUGGCUGCUUUGUGUUUUUCUCCUUUUAUUUUAAGGUGUGAAUGUGGUUAUCUAAACACUUAAUAGUUUUGUUGGCUCUUUCCCAUGAUAUAGUUAACCUUUUGGUUUUAUCCUGAGCUGAAUAUAUACAUGAUACAUAUAUGAAGGUUCUCAUACACACAGCCAUCAGGAGUCUUUAACCUUCGUGAAAUUGUCUAAUCCUCCUUUUAAAGCCAAGCAGAUUUGUGGGAGCACACUAUGCGCUGUUCUGAAUCUUCCAGCAUUUGGCUUCCUUGGAGGCCUGUGAGUUCUCCUGUCAUGAGAGGGCGAGAAAACUUAAGUAUCCACUUUUUCCUUGCCUUGCAUACCUGCCAUACCUCUUUUCUCUUAAUUAAACCCCACGUGUCAUGAUUGUUCCUCAUUGGGCAGUUGCUCCAGUCCCCUGGUGGUUUGGGUUCCCAUUUUCUGAAGCUCUUCCUGCUCCACACUACCCUCUGCCAAUUGUAACUUGAAGAGGGGGUCUCCUAACAACUCUCAGCACCCUUAACAAACUAGAACUGUUUAAAGUUGCAUGGUCUUGCUUGAAGGGCCCUCAUUCUGCAGCGGGGCUUGGGGCAGAAUCCCUCAGGCCCAUUCUGGCAUUUUAUCAAAGUGGUGCCAUUAAGGACAUGAGAAGAGUCCUGCAGCAGCUGGAUCAGGCCAAAGGAGGCCCAUCUUGUCCAGCAACCUGUUCUCACAGGGGCCUGCACCUCAUGGGGAGCCAGCCAUUUACAUCUGCCUAUUUUUGUGUGUAUUGACUCACAUGGUCUUGUAAUUCCUCUCUGAAGGCAACAGAAGUGCUGAGGAGGCAAAAGCAGGUAAGAUAGUCUUCUCUGCAACCCGGUGGCCUCCAGGUGUGUUGGACUAAAUCUCCCAUCAGCCCCAGGUAGCAUGACUAACAGCUAUGAAUGAUGGGAGCUGUAGUUCAAAUCAUCUCAAGGGUACCAGGUUGGAGAAAGCUGGCUUCUGGGCCCCUACUUCCUUUUUGUAGCCUCUCAAAAUGACUUGAGCCACAUCUAAGUUGCUUUUCUUCCAGAAUAUCUGCUCGAAAAGCUCUUUCUCUGUUUGACACGCUCCAUUCCCCUAUCAUGAAUUAAUUGCAGAGAAGAGAGCUGGAGAUUAAGGGGUGCGUUAUACAAACACGGCAGCUCAAGGAUGGUGAGGCAGUUUUAGUGCUCAAUACAAACAGAUGUACAAAGCUCAUUUAAAUACUUAGUUCAGUCAGACAAGUGGUUUUGCAGGCAUUCAGUGUGGUGAAGCUUGAACAAAGAUCCACCUGGAGGCUGUUAAAUUGAGAGUCCUUCCAACCUAUACAACGAUAGGUUUAAAAUUUCAAAUACUCUUUGUGGCAUAUACUUUUGUGGACUAGAGCCCACUUCAGAUACAUGAAAGAAAAACGUAGAGGUUUUUGGUUCAAAGCCCAUGGAGCCAGCACAAAACAUUAACACCAAAACCUCAAUGCAGGACCAUUUAAAACAGCAAUUAAAGUUAUCGACAAAAAUUGAUUGGUGACAUCAACUUUGUAGGGAAAAGAGCACCUAGCCCUCCAUAUGUUGCUGAACUAAAACUCCCAACAUCUGACCAUUCAUGCUUGCUGGAGCUGUAGUGCUGUUCAGAAGUAAGGCCCAUUGUGUUCAGUGCAACUUACUCCCAGGUAAAGGUGUAUAGGGUUGUACCCCAAAUCAGGACUAGAAUGGUAAGCAAAUAAAAGGAUAUUGCUUGAAGUGACUGCUAAGGAACAAAGGGCAAAACUGAACCAGCCCUUCCACUCAAAAUCACAUUUUCUCCUUCCUAAGCAAUAUUGAUGUUCCCUUUCUAUGAAGGAUGAUUUAUGCCCAUGACCUAGUACCUUAACAGGACUUUAAAGUGGUCAGUUUAAGUUUAACAGCCUUGGUGGUCCUCAAGGCCAUCCCCAAAUGAAAUUAAAACAUUCAUCUUUGGCACCUUUCAGUCACAUAACGUGUGCACAAUAAAAGGUCAGAAAAAUCUUUCUUGCUAUCCCAGCUGUGCUGCAUCUGCACCAUUAAAGUCUCCCUGCCCCAAAUUUUCAUCUAAGAUAAGCAUUAUAGCUGCCCAUUGGCACUGUGAAAAUAAAGUAUGUGCGAAGGCUAGAUGCAAUUUCUGUGUGUGUAAGGGUUGCUUAUGUGUUAGUUAAUUUGGAAGCCCUUUGAAGAAUUCUACAAAGGGAUCAAAGACAAAUGAUUAGAAAGAUUUCAGCGAACUGAAGAAAGAUCGGACCAGAUCAAAGGGAGCAGCUGACAGUUGUUGGCUUGCCAUGACUGAGCCUGAUUCAGCGGCUUGUUUUGUACCUCCUGACAUAUAUUCCUGAUAGUCCUAAAACAGGAUGAUUUAUCGUACUAUAGGAGUAUAUGCUGCUAACUUACGAUAAUAUGUGUUCGCUCAUUUGAUUUUGCUAUCAGUGAAACAACGAUGGAUAUUAUGAAGGAAAAGCUAAUUCUGAGUUACAGAUAAGAACAUAAGAAAUGCUUUGCUGGAUCAGACCAAUGGCCUUCCUUGUUUAAAAAAAAGCUCAACAACUUUGACCUGAACCCCCAAAAGGGGGGGUAGAUCACUGCCAGUUUUUAAUUCUGUGAGUAGAUCGCAGACUCUUUGGAGUUGGCCACCCCUGGCCUAUCAGGUCUAGCAUCCUGGCCUCACACUGGCCAAUGAGGUGGCUGUGGGAAAACAGCAAGCAGGAUUCAGGUACAAGUGCCCUCUCCCCUUCCUGUGGUUUCCAGCAACUGGUAUAAGCAUUACUGCAUUUGACCAUGGAGGCAAAAUAUAGCCAUCUUUGCUAGUAGCCAUUGAAAGCCAUUUGUCAGUGAAGUUAUCCAGUUCCCUUUUAAAGCCAUUUAAAAGUUAGUGGCCAUCAGUGAAUACAGAGGGCCAAGGGGAAGUAGGAGUUUUUAGUCUCAAAUUAAUGUCAGUUCUGGUAUAUAUAUGGAAAAGGCAUAAUCAGGCAACCACAUUUCACUUCAUUCCUAUACAUUAUGCCCUGCUCUCAAAUUUAGACAUUUCCACUGAAUUGGCUUAUAUGUAAAGUAGUAAUACCCUAGAACAAAGGCCACCUUUCCCAAUCUAGCACCUGGUAGCUGUUUUGGACUACAACUUCUAUCAGCUUCAGCCAACAUGGCCAUGCUUGCUUGGGCUGAUGGGAGUUGUAGUUUAAAACAUCUGGAAGGCUGGGCUGCGGUUGUCUUUAGUUAUUAGUUUUCCCUUACCUGUAUAUCAAAUUGGAGCAUCGUAGGAUUGUUGAAAUUUCCCUGAAGAAUGUGAACUACAGUGGUACCUCGGGUUACAUACGCUUCAGGUUACAUACUCCGCUAACCCAGAAAUAGUACCUUGGGUUAAGAACUUUGCUUCAGGAUGAGAACAGAAAUCAUGCAGUAGCAGCGCAGCGGCAGCAGGAGGCCCCAUUAGCUAAAGUGGUGCUUCGGGUUAAGAACAGACCUCCAGAACAAAUUAAGUUCUUAACCCGAGGUACCACUGUGCAACAAAUGUUUUGUACUACAAAUAAAUUGAAUCGUCAUUAUUUUAAUUAUUAAACAAAAACUACUUGGAUAAUAACUUGGCUAACACACAGGCAUGUUCUGGGACUUUGCAAGCAAUUCUGGGGCUUAGAAUUUGGGUAAUUGGCUACUUUCUCUGUGGCGGCCCCUAAGCUGUGGAGCCCCCUCACCACAGAGGUGCCCACAGCACCUUCAUUGUACAGCUUCUGGUACAAACCUCUUUACCCGGGCUUUUGACACUUGUUUUUAGGACCCAUCUUGUUUUUAUGGUUGUAAAGUGUUUUAAACCAUUUUGAAUAUGGUGUUUUAAUACUGUAAACCCCCCACCCGAGACCUUAGGGUGAAGGGAAGGCAAUAAACAAACAAGCAAAUGAGAUGACAGUGGGCAUGC